AUGUACAAGAUGCAACUUUUGUCUUGCAUUGCACUAACUCUUGCACUCGUCACUAACAGUGCACCUACUUCAAGCUCUACAAAGGAAACACAGCAACAAGUGGAGCAAUUACUACUGGAUUUACAGAUGCUUUUGAAUGGAGUUAAUAAUUACAAGAAUCCCAAACUCUCCAGGAUGCUCACAUUUAAAUUUUAUACACCCAAGAAGGCCACAGAAUUGAAACAUCUUCAGUGUCUAGAAGAAGAACUCAAACCUCUGGAGGAAGUGCUAAAUUUAGCUCAAAGCAAAAACUUUCACUUGAGAGAUACCAGGGAAUUAAUCAGCAAUAUCAAUGUAACAGUUCUGGAACUAAAGGGAUCUGAAACAUGCAUAUGUGAAUACGAUGAUGAUACAGCAACCAUUGUAGAAUUUCUGAGCAGAUGGAUUACCUUUUGUCAAAGCAUCAUCUCCACAUUGACUUGA